AUGACUCCAUGCAAGCACUUGCUGAACGUCUUGCUGCUGUUGGCGGCGGUUACCGUUGGCCAAACCGCUGGAGGCAACUAUGCUGCUGGUAGUCCUGAUGCGGAUGGCAAAUAUACUAUAGCAGCAGAAGGCAUCCGCGCUCAAUUCAUUCCCUACGGUGCCAGUCUCACCAACCUAUUCAUCAACGACACCAAUGCUGUCGAGCGGGACAUUGUGCUGGGAUACGAUAACGCAAGCUACUAUUCCAUCGACCAGUCGCAUCCACACCUUGGAGGAGUCCCCGGCCGCUAUGCGAACCGCAUCAAGAACAGCAGCUUUGAGAUCGACGGCAUAGAAUAUCACGUGCUACCGAACGAGCAUAACAAUAACAACACUCUUCAUGGCGGACCUAGAGGCUGGGAUUGGAGGAACUUCACUGUGGUGGCUCACACCACCUCCUCCGUCACCUUCUCUAUCGUUGACCCAGACGGCGAGCAAGGCUUCCCCGGCGAAGUCAUCAGUUACAUCACCUACACAGUGACGCCAUACCAAUGGCACAUCAAGAUGGUUGCACUCGCCACCACAAAGAAAACGCCGAUCAUGCUCACCUCUCAUGUCUACUGGAAUCUUGACGCCUUCCAAAACCCCAACAACCCAACCGCGCUGAAUCACACGCUCCACCUUCCCUACUCCGGCCAACGCAUCGCCGUAGACGGUAUCUUGAUCCCGAACGGCACCAUCUUGGCCAACCAGCCGGGCUCUGUCAACGACUUCUGGACCGCUCCGAAGCAAGUGGGCGCCAGUUUCGAUGAUCCGGAAAUUUUGGGGAACUGCGGGACUAACUGCAGCGGCUACGACAACUGCUUCCUCGUCAAUCGCGCGCAGGAGGGGCCGUUCGACUGGAGGUCUAAGGGACCGGUGGCAACGGUGCUGAGUGAGUGGUCUGGGAUUAGGAUUGAUAUCUGGAGUGAUCAGGAUGCGUUUCAGCUGUAUGGCUGCGGUGGACAGAAUGGCAAGUUAUGA